AUGGCGCAAUUUCUGAAGAGUCCAGACCAUGUUCUCGCCUCCAACAUCGUUCAUUCUCACGUCUACUUUUACAUUCUUCUUAAGCUCCACUCAUUCCUACCCGUUUUCGAGUCGAUUGAGGCGAAGAAACUGGUAGACGACGAUGGUGAAGAGGUGAUUCAGAAGAUAUUGGAUGAAUCGAAUAAUAAAUUGAGAAUGUAUGGAUCGGCCAAGGAAAUUGUCGAGAAUAUCAAAAUAUUCAGAAGUUUCCCUGAAAGUUUUCGUCUUUUUCAUGACUAUAAGCAUCCUCUCAAUGCGACACCAAUCAUCUAUGAAAGUUUGAAUGGAGAGAAAUACCUCUGUAAACCGGAUGUUUAUACGAUUAUUCAGAAUAUCGCACUUCAUGCUAUUACUCAUCAGAAAUCCGUGAUGUUUCAUUUGUUGCUUGCAAAGUUUCUGAAAUCCAAAAUUAUGUUGAUUGGUGGACCCGUUGAAUUUGUGAAAUUCGAUGAAAAAAUGUUCGAUGAAAUCGAGAAAGAAAUGAGAGAAGGAGAGAAGAAGAGUGUCGAACAAGCGUCUGCGCAACGUAACAAUCUAGAAAAGUUCUUGUUGACUAAGAAUUAUGCAGCGAUCGUUUCAAAAGUGCAUGAAUUGAAUCCGACAAUUUGGGAUGAUGACAUGGCAAAUGCAUUACUCAGGCGGCUACAAUCGUUAUCUGAUACAGAAAUCGAGACAAAAAAAGAGAUCGUUUUCGGCGCUCUCAUCAAUAGUUGUAUCAUGAACCGUAUUGAAGAAAUUAUGGCGAAACGAGCAACGCUUUUCAUUUCUACACCGGAAUCAUCUCCAAUUACUGUAAGACUGUUUGAGGAUGGAGAGGAGAGAUAUGUGAUGAAGGCGGAAUUGUAUCAUGCAUUGAAUAGAUUGUCUACUGGACCAAAGAGAUUCGAAAUUCAAAGUGAUGGAUUUAUUUACAAUGCAAUGAGUUUUGAAGAUGUGAAGGCGGAUUCAUCCGCACUCCGAUUCUUCGCUCCAAACACCGCGCAGUACAUUUUUGGAAUCAAGUUGUUCCAAUACGUCGAGGAAUGGCCUCUAUCUCUUUUUCAGCAAAUUCAUUCGGUUUUCGAUUCGAAUUUGAACAAUCAAUAUUUCAUCAAUCUUCGUGUCUUCAAUAAUCUCAAAAAAUCAAUAAAUGCCACCUACUCCUCUCCGCCGUCACCACCACCAAAAGAUGUUCGAAACGCGAAAAAAGAUGGAUUCACUGUCCAAAAUCUCAAGAACGAGCUGAAACAUUUGGGACUCGAAAAGCAUUUUCCCGAGAUUUCGGAUCACGCAGAAAUCGCGCAUACGGAAGUGAUGGAGCUGAAAAAAGAGCGAUUUUUGAGAACAUGUGAUCUAUAUGAUGCUGUGGAGAUUUGUCAGUUGCGGUGUAUUUUCAAUCGAGUUCCAGAGCUCCGAAUCUUCCUCCACCACCAAAAAUCGUGUUGGCGAGUCUUGGAAUUGAGAUGUGACUACUGUACUGGAACGGAGCCAUUCUACGAAAACGGACGGUGCGAAAUAUCGAUUUUUGCUGAGGCGCCAAAGGAUAACUCGAUUGACACGUGGCUGACGGGUGGACGUCCAGUUUAUAAACCGAUUCCAGAGAGAUUUAAGACGGUUUCGAAACCCUAUGAUCCCGUUUUAAAACUGAAAACUGAGAAAAUCGAGACAAAAACGGUGAAAGAUAGCGAAAAAGUCUAUGACGAUCAGGAUCAAAGAACGGGUGACGUGGAUAAGGAAUCCGAAGCCAAAAUCGAGAUUCUGAGGCAAAAAUUAAUGGAAAAAGAAGAGGAAAUUGUGAAUUUCAAGCGCGACGCUCUUAUUCAUGAGAAAACAGUGAAAGGAUUCAAGGAGUUAAAGGAGAAAAUUGUGGAUUUGGAAGCUAGAGAAAAAGAGAUGAUUGAGGCGAGACGGAGAGACGCUGUGGUUCAGAUUCACACUGGACAGGCAUGGAAGGCAGACAUUGUGAGAUAUGAAGCUCGAGAAAAGGAGUUGAUUGAAGAGAGAACGAGAAAUGAAUUGACUCAUUCGAAAACUGUCCUCGAAAAUGAGCGUUUGAUGCGAGAGAAUGCUUCAAUUAGAAGCAAUUUGAAAGAUUCCAAUGAGAGAAUCAAAUCAGAAAUAGACAUUCGUGACAAGGAAAUCGAGAAAUUGGGGAAAAAAGUUGUGAAUUAUGAGAAGAAACAGAUGAAUGACGAAUCGAUUCGUGCUAAAAUUGAGAAGGAAAACGAGGAAUUAAAGAAGAAAAUUGAUGAGGAAAUGCAAAAAUACGAAAUAACUAUCGAACAAUUGGAGAAGGAGAAUCAGGAUCUGAAAGGGAGUAAUGAGUUGUACUGUAACAAUUUCAAUUCGAUAAAUGAGACGGUUUAUAGAGAGCGUCAAACGUUUGGAACAGUUCAACAACAGCUCGUCGAGAGGAUUUCCGAGUUGGAGAGAGAGUUGAUUAGUAGAAAUCAACCUGGAAAUAUAGGAAUUACCGAUUGGAUUGGUGAAAAACGAGUAAUGCAAGAGGAAAUCGCCGAGAAGACACGACAAAUUGCACAAGUUAUCGAAUCGAAUGUAGUGUUGAGAACUGAGAAUGAGAUGAAUAGUCGAAUGGUUCAGAAUCUAUUGGAUCGGUUGUCAGGGAUAUCGAUUUCUUCUGGUGUCGCUCCGACUCCGCCCCCUUCUGGCCCCUCGACGUCUUCUUGGAAUCGCCAGAAUCCGACGACGAGAGAUUCUGAAUUAGAAGACGUGGAAUGUGUGAUUUGUCUAAUCGAUAUCAAACAGAGACAAAAGACGAUCAAAUGUCAUCAAUGUCGACGUAGAUUCCAUUCGAAGUGUGCAUCUGAUUGGCUGAAAGUGAAGAGCGAAUGCCCGGCAUGUCGUGGACGACUUCUGGAUCCUCAUGAAUUUCCGGCGUUGUAA